AUGCCGCUGGUCAUCUCGGAUCUGUCGUCUGUCUCCUCCACAAUCGCACAUCAGGCUCGAGGCAAUGGCGCCCAGGGCGCAAACGGCGCCGGAGGAGCAGGUGUGAAGUCUUCUCAGAUCACGCUGGAAACGCUUCGAGAGCUGGAUCCGGCUACACUGAAUGGAGAGAUAGACAGGGUAGCCCACAGCAUAUCUCAUCUGGAAAGAUCAAAUGCGCAGAUUCGGCAAUUGCUCGAUCAGACCGGUCAGCAGGACGAAGGCACGGCAGAGGGAGACGAUAUGGACGAGGAUGACAAGAGAGAGUUGCGAGUCGCAGUGGAAGAGAAUGAGGAGACCAUGUGAGUUUGCCUCUCACCUUCAUACGCUGUCGACGACGCUCCUUCGAUGUCAAAGGCGUACGCGUGACGCUCCAGCAAAUGACUCGCGUCGGGUCAUUCUUGCCAAUUGACCCUUCAUUCACUGAUCCACUUCACUGCCAAAUUCGCAGCUCCGACAAGAGACAGCUGAUUGAUCGCAUGACUCGAGCUCUCGUCGACCAGGCUGGUACGCACGCCCUUCCAGCGGGCGCUUCGGCUGGUGCGAGCGCACAAGGGCAAGCUGCCGCAAGAAGGGCGUAG